CGGGGCCGGGGCCGGGGCCGGUGCGGGGCCAUGAACGCGGAGCGGGACCUGGCGCCGCUGGCGCCCAGCGUGGUGCGGGCGCUGAACGACAAACUGUACGAGAAGAGGAAGGUGGCGGCGCUGGAGAUCGAGAAGCUGGUGAGAGAGUUUGUGGCCCAGAACAACACCUCCCAGAUCAAACAUGUCAUCCAGAUCCUCUCCCAGGAGUUUGCCCUCUCCCAGCACCCUCACAGCCGCAAAGGAGGACUCAUUGGCCUGGCUGCCUGCUCCAUCGCCCUGGGCAAGGACUCUGGGCUCUACCUGAAGGAGCUGAUUGAGCCUGUGCUGACCUGCUUCAACGACGCCGACAGCCGCUUGCGCUACUACGCCUGCGAAGCCCUCUACAACAUCGUCAAAGUGGCCAGGGGCUCUGUCCUGCCACACUUCAAUGUGCUCUUUGAUGGCCUCAGUAAGCUGGCUGCUGACCCUGACCCCAACGUCAAAAGCGGCUCCGAGCUCCUCGAUCGACUCCUCAAGGACAUCGUGACGGAGAGCAACCAGUUUGACCUGGUGGGCUUCAUCCCACUGCUGCGAGAGAGGAUCUACUCCAACAACCAGUAUGCCCGCCAGUUCAUCAUCUCCUGGAUCCUGCUCUUAGAGUCUGUGCCUGACAUCAACCUCUUGGAUUACCUGCCUGAAAUCCUGGAUGGGCUGUUCCAGAUCCUGGGAGACAACAGCAAGGAGAUCAGGAAGAUGUGUGAGGUGGCUCUGGGGGAGUUCCUCAAGGAGAUCAAGAAGAACCCUUGCAGUGUCAAGUUUGCAGAGAUGGCCAACAUCUUGGUGAUCCACUGCCAGGCAGCAGAUGACCUGAUCCAGCUGACAGCCAUGUGCUGGAUGAGGGAGUUCAUCCAGCUGGCUGGCAGGGUGAUGCUGCCCUACUCCUCGGGCAUCCUGACUGCUGUCCUGCCCUGCCUCUCCUACGAUGACCGCAAGAAGAACAUCAAGGAGGUGGCCAAUGUGUGCAACCAGAGCCUGAUGAAGCUGGUCAUCCCAGAGGAUGAUGAGGUGGAUGAAGCCAAGCACUCCCUCACCCUGCUGACAGAGCCCAGCUCUUCAGAGUCCCUUUCCAAGCCAGAGCCAGCAGCCAGUGGAUCUCUGGAAGCAUCUGGUGACUCCAACCUCAGCAGCAGCAGUGUCUUCACAGUCACCAGCUCCGAGCGGCUGCAGGUGCCCCUGAACCUGGAUGGCAUCGUCCAGGUGCUCGACUGCCACCUCCACGACAGCUCCACUGGGAUGAUGACCAGGAUUGCUGUCCUCAAGUGGCUCUACCACUUGUACAUCAAGACCCCUCGUAAGAUGUUCCGCCACACCGACAGCCUCUUCCCCAUCCUCCUGAGGACCCUCUCGGAUGAGUCGGAUGAGGUUAUCCUGAAGGACCUGGAAGUGCUGGCUGAGAUUGCCUCUUCCCCCGCGGGCCAGACGGAGGAUCCCAGCCCCUCGGAUGGCUCCGACGCACGACCCAGCCCGGUGGAGCUCCAUGUGCCAGCCAGGACCAGCCAGAUCAGCUCCUCAGGUCCAAAAGGCUUAGAGUGCUCACCCUCCACCCCUACCAUGAACUCCUACUUCUACAAGUUCAUGAUCAACCUCCUCAAGCGCUUCAGCAGCGAAAGGAAACUCCUGGACAACAGAGGAGCCUUCAUCAUCAGGCAGCUUUGCCUACUCCUGAAUGCAGAAAACAUCUUCCACUCCAUGGCAGACAUCCUGCUGCGGGAGGAGGACCUCAAGUUUGCCUCCACCAUGGUCCAUACCCUCAACACCAUCCUGCUGACCUCCUCAGAGCUCUUCCAGCUGAGGAACCAGCUGAAGGACCUGAAGACCCAGGAAAGCCGAAACCUCUUCUGCUGCCUGUACCGCUCCUGGUGCCACAACCCUGUCACCACCGUGUCCCUCUGCUUCCUCACCCAGAACUACAAGCACGCCUAUGACCUCAUCCAGAAGUUCGGGGAUCUGGAGGUGACUGUGGACUUCCUCACCGAGGUGGACAAGCUGGUACAGCUCAUCGAGUGCCCCAUAUUCACGUACCUCCGCCUGCAGCUGCUGGACGUGAAGAACAAUCCCUACCUGAUCAAAGCCCUCUACGGGCUGCUGAUGCUGCUGCCCCAGAGCAGUGCCUUCCAGCUGCUCUCCCACCGCCUCCAGUGCGUGCCCAACCCCGAGCUCAUGCAGCCAGCAGACAGCAGCAAGGUGAGCAGCAUCUCCAAGAGGGCAGCAGCCUCCAACAUCGACUACUCGGAGCUGCUGCAGCACUUCGAGAAGGUGCAGAACAAGCACCUGGAGGCUCGGCACCAGCGAGCCGGGCGGGCAGAGCAGCUGGACAGGAGGGCAGUCCUCUGAGCCUGCCCCUGCUGGCCACGUUGGACCACGGCCACCGGUUGCUGGCCACCGGGAGGACCUGCUGAGUUCCCUGGCAGAGAGAGCUGGAGGAGGGCUGGGUUUUUGUUCCCCCCCCACCCCCCUGCCCUUGCUCUGCCUGUCGGUGGUGGUGGCACCACCACUCCCAUCAUCACCAUCACCACCACUGCUCCUCCCCAAAGCUGUGCCCGGCUUUUGGGGAAGGGAUGGAGGAGGAGGAGGAGGAGGAGGAGGAGAGGGCCAGGAGGAAGCUGCUUCAUCUUCUCUUGCAAGUCAAGGCAAGGAAACUCCCCUUUUGCUUUGCCUAAUGCCUGCCCCGUGACUGUCAGCUGAGUGCCCAACCUCCUGCCAGCCAGACCGGAGGGGAAGGGAAGUCAGGAGCAAGCUCUGGCUUCCUGCCCUGCCAAACAAGCCCACGGGGAGGAGGGUGGGAGGCCCUGGGCCACCUCUCACCACCCCAGCUCCCACCUUCCACCUUCCAAGCUGUGCUGGAGCCUGCUGAGAGCCUCUCUCACUCCCAAGAGACUCACACACCACGCUGGGUGCCCUCCUUGCAUCCACUCCCCCUCCCUGAGCCCACAGGCAGUGGUGCAGCCUUAACCUUCCACCCUCCCAGGCUGGUACCAGGGCACAGGGUACAGGGUUGGGGGCGAGGGGGGUGUGGAGACCUCUCCUCACAGCCAGCCCCCAGCCUCAAUUCUCUGGCCCUAGGUGAGGCUCUUCCCCAUGCUAAAAUAAAGGAGCAAUGCAGCACA